CCCUCAAUCGUUCCCAUCUCUGCCUCUCCUCUCUAAAUCCCUUCAACAACAUGAAUCUCUUCCUCAAAUACAUGAUCCCUUCUUGCUCCUGCUUCGCCACUCCCUCGGCCUCCAAAAUCGUCGACAUCGACCCCGAACAACAUCCAAUCCAGCAGUUCGAUCCGUCCGAAAUCAAAAAUCUCAUUUUCAACACCAAAACUUCUUCUAUUAUAGGCCAAGGAGGCUUCAGCACCGUCUACCUUGCGAACCUCGCCAAUCCUCGGGCUGCGGCCUUCAAGGUCCACGAACCCAGCCAACGCCUCUACAAAAUGUUCCGUCAAGAACUCGACGUCCUCUUAAGCAUUCGGCCGCACCCAAACAUCGUCCGACUUCUCGGCUACAGCGACAACUGCGGUGGCGAAUCAGGAGUGCUUGUAUUCGAGCAUGUUCCCAACGGAACGCUGCAUGAAUCGCUCCAUCGCCGUACUAAGUUCAUGCUUUCUUGGUCCCAACGCAUGUCCAUUGCGUAUCGACUGGCGACCGCAUUAAAUUAUCUGCACGAAGAGUGCGAGCUUCCGAUUAUCCACGGCGAUAUCAAAGCGUCGAACGUGCUUCUUGAUGAUGACAAGAGCCCAAAACUUUGUGACUUUGGGUUUGCCAGAAUGGGAUUCUCUGCCACGGUCGAGCGAUCGGCGAACCCAAUGAUGGGGUCGCCGGGUUAUGUGGACCCGUGUUAUUUGAGGACUGGGUUGGUCUCGAAGAAGAGCGACGUGUACAGCUUCGGAGUGCUGAUUUUGGAGCUGAUUAGCGGGAUGGAGGCGUUUUGUGAUGAGAAGUCGAGAAUGCUGACGGCGGUGAUGAGGCCGCGAUUGAAGGAGAUGGCUGCGGAAGAGAUCGUGGAUGCGAGGCUUGGAGGAGAGUAUGAUAGAGAUGAGGCUGUGAUCAUGGCCAGGAUUGCAGGGAGAUGUAUUGGAGAGAAUCCGAGCCUUCGGCCGGCGAUGGGCGAGAUAUUGGAAUUGAUGAGAAAGGAUGUACCGUCGGCUGCGUUUUGUAGGACGCCGAGUGGCGUGAAAAAUACUUGAAUUCUUCUCUAGUGUAAAUGAAGUUAGUGUAACAGUGUUGUUAUACUUGUAUAAUAAAAACCACUUUAAUCAA